AUAAUUACUUUCAGGAAAUGGCCUCUUCUAAAUCUUUGCUGAAUCUUCUUACCUUCACAUUUGGAUCAGCAAUAGGAUUUUUUGCAUGUUACAUGCUAUUUAGCAUAGUGUUGGAAAAACAAGUUGAAAUCCAACCUCAUAUUCUUCACAAUGAUCCCCAUGGUGAACACUCAGAAGAAACUGGAAGUGAUCAACUGGAUGGACAAAUGAACUUCAAUGCUGAUACUGGGCAGCAUAAAGAUGAGAACAAAUAUAUUGCAGAAGGAUUGUAUCAAAAGGUGAAAAUACUUUGUUGGGUGAUGACUGGGCCUCAGAAUCUGGAGAAAAAAGCCAAGCAUGUUAAGGCUACUUGGGCCCAGCAUUGCAAUAAAAUCUUGUUUAUGAGCUCUGAGGAGAAUAAAGACUUUCCAGCUGUGGGACUAGAAGCCAAAGAAGGCAGGGACCAACUGUACUGGAAAACUAUUAAAGCCUUCCAGUAUGUACAUGACCAUUAUUUUGAUGAUGCUGAUUGGUUUAUGAAAGCUGAUGAUGACACAUAUGUUAUACUGGACAACUUGAGAUGGCUUCUUUCAAAAUACAAUCCUGAACAACCAAUAUACUUUGGAAGGCGGUUUAAGCCUUAUGUGAAACAGGGCUACAUGAGUGGAGGAGCAGGAUAUGUACUGAGCAAAGAAGCUCUAAGGAGAUUUGUUAAUGCAUUUAAAACCAAUAAAUGUUCUCAUAGCUCUUCUGUGGAAGAUCUAGCACUCGGAAAAUGCAUGGAGAAUAUUAAUGUAGAAGCUGGAGAUUCAAGGGACACAAGCGGUAAAGAAACUUUUCAUCCCUUUGUGCCAGAACAUCACUUAAUCAGAGGAUAUCUACCUAGAACAUUUUGGUACUGGAAUUAUAAUUAUUAUCCUGCAGUAGAGGGUCCUGGAUGCUGCUCUGAUCUGGCAAUUUCAUUCCACUAUGUUGAUUCCAUAACUAUGUAUCAGUUGGAAUACUUCAUUUAUCAUCUUCGACCAUAUGGUUACCUAUACAGGUACAACCCUGACUCACUUAAUAAUCCAGAAGAGCAAAUCAAAAGCAAAGCAGUGAAUAAUGAUGCAAAAGAUAAAGCAGAAAGCUCCUAAAACUGAAUCAGACUUCUACUCAAAAAUAAGAUGUGGAACAAUGCACUGAAAGUAUUGUGGAGUAAUGGGCUGCUACAUCUAGUUCAGACCAGACUUGGGAAUUGCCAGUAGUUAUUGUUUUGAAUUUUAAAAGUUCUGUGUUGGGGGUCUUCCUCUGUGACUGCAAACUACAGGAUUUCAUUGUGCAUUUUUUAUUCAUGAGGCUUGUGGGCCUUUUUCAUAUGAGUUGGGACUGCAGAAUCAGGACCUAAAACUUUUAUGUGAUCUGUGAUCUCCUUGAGGUGGCUUGGUUGCAGUAAUAUAAAUAUGAAGAAUUUGUAUUAAAUCAUAUGGGUUGGUGAUGCAGUUCAAGAAUGAUUAUGUAGUGUUUUCUAGUCAUCACUUUUCUUUUUGCCUCAGUUCCCAUUUUCACCGUAUUUGGUAGUGUUAGAAAGCUUGGGCUACAUAAGGCUGUCACUUUGAGAUGCUGACACUAGAGAAAUUUGACAUGAAGUAACUGGGCUGAAAAGAGAGAAAUAAGUCUUUAAAAUCACUCCUGCCUUAACGACAGACUUCAAAAUAUUUGGUAUAAUUACUAAUACUGUGCCUAUUUAGAUGUCGAAAUCUGAAUUACUUCUCAGAUGAAGUGAAUUUGUUGUUCUUGAUCUCAUCAUAAACUUCCCCCUAGAUAGUAUCUGUUCCACAAAGCCACCACCCAGCUGGCUUGCUCCAGUUGGCAAAAAGAUCAGGAAUAGCAAGUUUGGUUGUUGUGGAGUGUGUGGAAACUUGCAUACCUGUCCACUCUAUCCUCUUACCAGCUCAUGAUAUGUACUCCUUCCUUGAAUGAGCACAAAAUUAAUCCAAACGUUUUUUUAAUGUACUUAUGGUAGAAAUAAACGCCUUAAAAUGCUCUUUCCUCCCCUUGUGCUCAUUUGUGUUUAAACCAAAAAAGUCUGUCUGAUAAGUCAUAUGAUAAAUACUUGUUGUAAACAGCAAGGCAUUUAUACACUGGCAUACAAUAAUUUCCAGAAUCACCCAGUAUUACUAUUAGUUUAUUUCUAUUAAAUGUACACAUUGCUAUACUGCAGGUUUUUGUUGGGAGGGGAGAGGGAAGUUUGUUUAUGGGAAUGAUCUGGCACCCAAAUAAAUACUAUUUUAAAGCAAACUAUAAGUUUUCUUAAUAGAAUUUUGAAUGUUCCCUAAAAAUACCAUUUAUUUUGCAGUAAUAUAUAGUUCCACUUCUCUCUGAGGGUUUUGUCUGGUUUAAAGUGUUUACCUUCAUUUUAAAUGCUCUUGAUCAGUGUUUCUUAAACUGUGUUCUGAGAACAACAGGCAGGCAGCCUUCCCCUCCCCCCCCCCCCCCCCAAACAAAAAUUCCUUUGUGUUCCUCAUAAAAAAAAAAUUGUUUGGUAUUCCUGGGUCUUAAAAAGUUUAAGAAACACUACUCUUGAUUGUCUGUCUUGCCAGUAUGUUGUACAGUUUUUCAGAUAAGCCAACCUGAAUGCAAGGAUCCUUUCAAAAAGGAUUUAUUUCAUCCAGUCUGUGACAUUACCAACAUAUUAAAAUACAGUCAGUAGCUAGACCAACUAGAUUUUUGCCUUUGUGAUCAGUAUGGUAUAUACAUCAUAAGACCAGUUUUAUGUUCUGCCUAUCUUUAUUCAUUGGCUGUCUUUGAUCUUCAGUUUUGCAGAAGCCUUCUCAUCUUUUUUUGUUCUGGUUUUCAUCUUCAUCAUAUUGGUGAAUUUGGAUCAAACCUGUCUCUCCUUAGCCAGUAUAUUGAUGAGUUCAUAUUACUGGUUGUAAAUGGCCUUACUAAAAUAGUUACCACUGUUCUUGAGCACAUUACUGGAAGAUUUCAGGAAACUCUGGAGUAGUAUGUCUGACAGGAGUUACUAAACAUUAUUUGCCAGCAGACAUUACUUAUGUAUUUUUUGUUCUGCCUUGUGACAUGAUGCAGAUAACCACAGUGUCUCAUGAAUAUGAAGUAAAUGUAGCCAUCUUUGCUGCCCAAUGUCUAAACAUGGGAUGUUUUUAUAUUCUCUAGUACCACUGAUGUUACUGUAUAGUGAUCGCUUAGUUAUUUUGUAUUUAUAUCUAAAUAUCUCAUUAGUGUUUUUCACUAGUAAAAAUUAAUGUGUUCUGUGAAUUGUCUUAUGGAACUCUUUAAAGUUAACUGCUGAAAUGUUUUUAAAUGGUUACACAGGUUGCCUAAUUAACAUUGUUAUACAUGAGAUACAGCCAAUAGGAUUGCUAAAUCAAUAUGCUAAAAGCACUUAACAUCUAUAGAGAUUAAUGUAUUCACAUAUUUGGCUAAAUCAUUUUUCUUUAACAGUUGAUGGUGUGUAAUCUAAAUUUAACAAGGUGAAGGUUUUGAUUUAAAUUCAAACUCAGACAGUGUAAAAGGUCUGUUGAAUCAGAAAUCUAUAGUUCUUCACUACCAUUUUCUUCCCUCAUACUCCUUUAAUGGCCUGCAUGUCCCCCAUUGACUUCUCAGCUUGUGGUGUAGGUAGCCCGUGUUGUAGUGAAAUCAUUGGGCUAUGUGUGAGAAAUGCAAAUAUAAAUAAAGUCUAAGCAGGGAUACUUCAAAAAGCAUUUAGUACCUGGCUAAGAAAAGUUGCUGUCUCCAGAUUCCAUAUGCCAACAGGAAAAUGGAAGAUAUUUCCUUUCAGUAUCAGACUGAUUCUGUUGAAGUACUCACUUAAUUUUGUUGCAGAUUUUUCUAAAAUUAUGUUGUUGUUUUUCUGUUAGACUCUAGUAUCAUUAUGUCAACAAAACUAAUUAUACUUAGGGAUUUUUAUUUAAAAAAAUUGGUAGCCAUUUUACCUGAAAGCUUUCCUAACUUGGCUACUUGAUAGACUUUUAUGAUCAUCUUUCUAAGAGGAACUUUCAACAUUGCAGCCUCUGUCAUGUUCUGCAGUUCAGAGCCAUUGGUUUCAGUGUUGUGUCAUCAUUGGAUUAAGAGCAAACACACAGUAAAAUAAUGAUAGAAAUGUAGCCGUGUUAGUCUGGUGUAGCUGAAACAAAAUACAGGACUAUGUAGCACUUUAAAGACUAACAAGAUGGUUUACAAGUUAAACCAUCUUGUUAGUCUUUAAAGUGCUACAUAGUCCUGUAUUUUGUUCCAGUACAAUAAGUACUUCUGUAGCCCAGACAAGCUACUACAAAGAAUCGUUCCUUGGCUGAUUUGCUUUUCUUAGAACGUGCCUUUUGAAGUGCAGGGGUACAGGAGGAUGCCUUAUGCCACAGUGCUUGUUACUCUUGAUUUGUAAUGUUUAAAAAGUCUGACAGUAUUCUGUAGUCACAGUGUAGUGACUGACACAACCCAGUUACCUAAUUCUAAUCAAAUGUAUGUCUUAAAGAAAAUUACCUGAGAGGCAGAUGUAUGGGUUUUGUUCUUUUAAUAGGAUUCUUAAUAUUUGAGUAGCUUUGUUUUUCAGAACAUGCCAUUAGACAUGCAUUAAUUUGCAGAGGCAUGAGAAUAUUCUCAAAUAAUCCUAUUCUCUGAAGCUGUUGUGAGCUGAAUGUUACAUAUUCAGAGGAGUCACUCAACUGAAAUUUAGUUAAACUUUUCACUUUGUUCCUAAUUCAGUUUAGCAAUGUGCACUGUAUAUAUCUGCAUGAAUGGACACAAUCCGCAGUGAUACCUUGUCUGUUUUACUCAGCUGUUUCUUUUUUCCUUUUUUAUUCUUUUUUUCUGAUCUUUCCAGGAAUGCUUCUACAGCUCCACCCUGUGAAGCAGUAAUCAGAUCUUUUCACGUGUUGCUACUAGCUUAGUUGCGAAAGGAAGUUUCAAUUGUGCAUUUUGACAGGCUACUCUCAACAUAGCCAGCCGCCAUUCAUUUAGUUUACUCUGAUAAUCUGGGAGGAGAUUUAGUGUCUUGAUAACCUAACUAGCAUUUGGGCACACGCCAAAAUGAGAAUAGGAUUACGUAAUUAAUCUUUACUCUGGCAAGAAAAAUUUGAGCGAACUGGCAGAUCUUCAUCUUACUGCAUGUUGUGUUUAGAAUACUCUGCUAAAUGAAUUGCAGAUGUUUUAUGAAAAAUAGGUUAAAGGAGACGUGUUGCUUCUGAGCAUUCUGUUCCAUUAAAAUAAGUGAAUAUUAUGGUAUUUAAGAGACUAGAAAAUAGUUCUAGAUGUCGUAGACGAAAGUUGAUAACUUACGUGUUAAGUGAUCACCACAAGCAAAUUUAUUAUUCAGUAACUUCUUGGAAGUGCCUUUGACCAUUUUUCUAUAACGAAUUUGAAGUGAGAACUGCACAAAUAAAAUGAUCACACACAAA